AUGACGUGCUUACGUGAUGAUGUGCUUGCAAAACAAUGUAUGGACCAUCCUACCACUGGCGUAAAAGUGUCAAGUGAAGACGAGGAUGAGACUAAAGGUGGAGCGAAGGAGUUGGCGGAGGAGAAUUACAAUGAUGAUGGGUAUGACAGAAAAAACAUUGGAAAUAGUGUGCUCGCUGCUCUAGUCAAUACCGCGCUUGCACCAAAUGAUUCUGCUCCUCUACCUCCACCUCCACCUCCUGUGCAUAGCCCUUCACCUACAAAUGCUGGAGCAUCUCCACCAACUCCUCCUCAACCACCUCCACAACCUCGUGGUGGACCAGGCCCACCACCUCCAAUGCCCCGUGGUGGUCCACGCCCACCACCUCCACCGCCCCGUGGUGGACCACGCCCACCUGGACAACCUCCACCGCCCCCUGGUGGUCCACGCCCACCACCUCCACCGCCCCGUGGUGGACCACGCCCACCUGGACAACCUCCACCGCCCCCUGGUGGCAGACGCCCACCUGGGCCACCUGAACCAGAAUUACCUCGGUUAGAAUUGAGGCCACUCUACUGGAAUCACUGGAUUAGAAGUACCCCAGCCUUCGAGAGAAGCUUAUGGGCAGAAGCUCAGAGAUUGGAAUCUGAAGAACCCCAGAGUGUUCAUAUUUAUGCUAGUGCACCCGCAUUCGACGUGUCUGAGCUUACAAGGCUUUUCUCCAAGCCUUUGGUUUCGGAUAAGCUACAAGGAAAGUCCCGUAAACCUAAACCUGGCAAGGUUCAUCAACUGAUUGAUGUACAGAGAUCCAGAAACAUCGAAAUCAUGCUCAAGAAAAUCAAAAUGCCACUUUCUGAUAUGGUGGCUGCAGCACUAGCAACGGACAACUCAGUUUUAGAUGGUGAUCAGAUCGAGAUUCUGAUAAAUUGUUGUCCUACAGAAGAGGAGAUGACACAACUUGAGGUAGAGUUCUUUCAUCCAUUUCAAAAUUACGACGGCGAUAAAAGUGUCCUGGGGAUGUGCGAACAGUUGUUUCUGGAGCUGAUGAAAGUUCCACGGAUGAAAACUAAAUUAAGUGUUCUCUCUUUUAAAAUUAAGUUCAAUGACCAGGUUUCGGGCCUUAGAAAGAAACUAGGCAUAGUGAAUUGUGCCUUUGAGGAGGUUCGAUAUUCCCUCGAAUUGAAGGAAAUCAUGAAACAAGUUCUUUACUUAGAGUACAGAAUGUAUGCAGGAUCUGCCAUAGGAUUUGAAUUGGAAAGCCUCCUAAUACUUAGCGACACCCAUGCAUAUACCACUACCAGUAAGAUGUCACUGAUGCACUAUCUUUGUAAGGUGAUUGCUGCAAAAUACCCGAAACUCCUAAACUUUCACAGUACCCUUCCCAGCCUUGAAGCAGCAUCAAAGAUAGAAUCAAAGUCUUUAGCCGAAGAUCUGCAGGAAAUUACUAAAGAUUUGAAACUGGCUAAAAAAGAACUAGAUGCAUCUGCAAAAGAUGACCCUGUAUCGGAAGUUUUUCGAAAGACAUUAGCGGAAUUCAUUGGCAAUGCUGAACCAGGAGUAGCAUUAUUAUCAUCAUAUUCUUCUGUAGUGGGCUACAACGCAGAUGCACUAGUUGCUUAUUUUGGCAAAGAACCUGCAAAAGACGCAUUAGACAAAGUUACCACGACCCUAUCAAGCUUCGUGCAACUGUUCCGAAAAGCACAUGAGGAAAAUUGCAAGCAAGCAGAAGAUGAGAAAAAGAAAGCCAAGACACAGGAUGAAAAAGAGAGAGCUAGAUGGGUAAAACGUUCCAUCACAGCACCGCAUCGCAAACGAAGAACCGUGCUUAGUAUGCUCAGGACCAUGCUGUGUUGUGCCAGGAAACAAAAAGCACUGUGCUGUGCUUUUUAA